AUGAGCUUGGCACUGCGUCGUCUCCGCCCCGCCAUGCCCUCGGUCGGCAAGGCCCGCCAAAUGCAUGGCCUAGUGCCGUCCGCUCCUCCAGCAACUGCCUCCUCCACUCCGAUCUUGAUUCAGCGUCGUAAAAGCACGGCAGCCGAGAGCGCCGCAACAAUUGCCCGAUCUGAGGCCACACGAGGCCCGCGUUGCAGCCCUGGGCUUGUGGUCUUCGAUAAGGACGGCACGCUCAUCGACUUCACGCUCAUGUGGGGGGGCUGGAUUGAGUCCCAAGCCUGGAAGGUCGAGAUGACCACCAGCCUUCCCGUGCGGGAAAAACUCUUUGCCGCCAUGGGUUACGAUUGGAUUAGCCGCUCUAUUAAGUCCAAGGGUGCGCUGUUAUGCCUGACCCCCGUGGAACCGCACAAUACCAUCAUGGUAGGCGACACGUCCACGGACAUGCUACUGGGUAAGAACGCAGGUUGCGGUCUGUCCAUCGGCGUGCUAGGAGGUGCCUCCUCGCUUGAUGAUCUGGCGGAAGAUGCCGAUGUGCUCGUGCCUUCCAUUGACCGAGUUAUCAAGGUUCUCUUCCAGUACGGCCAGCAGGCUCAGCGCUUUGGUGAAGCCACGAGAAACGUCUAA